AUGGACCGGCGGCGCCCCGCGGCCUCUGGCAAGGCCCCCACAGACCCCGGGCUCCUGGACUCCUGCCUGCAGGUGCAUCCAUUCCUGCGGCAACCUUGCUGCGAGCUGAACCCGGGGCCCCCGUGUGUACGGCCAACUCUGCCGGAGCAGGGACGGCCACGGGAGGCCACAGAAGGAGUGAAUGAGACAGCUGAACUCUGUGUCUCCCGGUCCUGGAGGCCAGAAGGCCCGGAUGAAGGACACCAGUCAUUCGAUUUGGGGCUCACUCGACUCCGUGGGAGCUCAUCUUCACUUGACUACGUCUGCGAAGACCCUAUCUCCAGACAAGGUCACAUUCCCAGGCACCAGGGCUUAGGACGUGGACACAAGACAACCCACGUGGUCGCCAAGGUGAGGACUCGCCAAGACCACUCCCGGCUUCGGAAGAAGCUACUCACUUGGCAGCUCCCAACAGCAUCACGGAUCUGCACAAGGAAGCUCAGACCAGCAGCUCCAUCACCCUGUGGUGGAAGGCCCCCACAGACCCCCACUCUCAGGCCUACACAUACUGGGUCCAGUGGGCCGCUGGGGGACAUCCCCAAGGAGACCAUGACCCCCGAGGAUAUCAGGCCAACCAGACAGGAGAGACCAAUCACAACUACUAUGAGGUUCAGGCCCUGGAACCCAGGACUCUACAACUUCAGUGUGUGGGCAGAGAGGAGCAACAUGGCCAGUUCUGCACAGGGCCUCCUUGAAUCCACAGCCCCGAGCCCGGUCACCAUCACCUCCUGCAUGAGCACCUCUGGGGGUCACGGGGUCGUCUUGACCUGGUCCUGCCCCCAGGGAGGCUAUGAGGCCUUUGAGUUGCAGGUGGGUGGACAGCAGGACUCUCAGAACAGGUCGUCCUGCAGGAAGAGGGUGUCUGUGUGGGGUCUCUGGCCGGCCCAGUCCUACCCAGCCAUUGUAACGACAUCUGGGAUGGAAUGAGGGCCCCGUCUGCCUCUGUGACCUGCCACCACGAACACAGGUGAGCAGAGCCCCAUGGGGAUGGGAGCACGGAAUGAAGAGCUAGCUGAACCCCACUGCCAAGGCCAUGGUCACUGGAAAUGGGGAAGGUGCAAAUGUACUGGGUACCCUGGGGACACCUUUGUCAUCAGUCUCCUCACAGAAGAAACAGGCCGAUGAGAGGCCAGGGACUCAACAUCGAGUCCCUCUUCCUCCUCUGGGUGGGGAUGGUGUCGAAGCCCGGAGAGGCUCCCAGAGCGAGUGACAGAGCGUUAUUAGCCGCCUGUCCCUGCUUCCCACUUUGUCACACAUGGGACAGAAAGUGGUAGAUAAGGCCUCGCCUACAACAUGACCACUGUGUGGGCAUAGUGGGGCUGUGGCCUGCAUCCGACAUGACCCCCGUGGUCCACGCGUCCCGGCUUUCAGGCUCCUGUGUGGUCCCUCCCACAUGAGAGAGGCUGGUGGCUUAACGAGUAGGAUGUCCCAGCAGCAAUGGUGUGUGCCUUCCGUCUUGUUCUCUCUCUCGGACCAUUCACUCCGGGGACAGCUGGGAGCGUGCUGGGUGGGCGCCCAGAUGCCCCGUGUGUGAUGCAUGAGGUGAAGACCCGAGGCCUCCCACCAGCAGCCGCGCCCGCGAACCCUCCUGCAAGGCAGUCCCCCAGCUGUGGCCGGAAGCCUUCGGACCCUGCAGCCCCCACCGACAUCCUGGAAUCCUCUUCCCGAGCCAGAACUGCCCAGCCGGGUCGCCGCUCGACCCUCGCACACAGAACUCGGGAGAGAGGAUGUGUUCAUGGUUGUCUACGGCCCUCUGGUUGGGGGUGUUUGGGGCUUAGCCGUGGUUCGCCCACGCGUACGCAUCCCCUCGCUAUAACUCACGACGGCUCCUUGAGGUGGGUCGUACUUGUCACUGGGAUGGAGAAAGGGCGGGCUUUUACCAUAUAGGGGACCCGGCGAUGCCUGUGACCCCAGAACAGGCCAAAAGCAGUCAGCCGCUCUCCAUCUGUAGACAGCGUCUCCGAUUCCAUUUGAAAACCAUGAAGACAGAGACACAGAGGGUUUGGGUGAGUGGAAGGUCCCACGAGCAGUUAGUGGGAGGGAGGCAGAGGUGGGCGUGUGACCCCAAGACUCGUGUUCUUGCUCUCAUACUGCUCGUGAAGCGAAGGAAGCCACGUGUGCAUAUAAGUAAGUCCCCAAAAUACCCCAAGAAGCCCGUCCGGACACUGGAGGUCUGAGGGACGGGGCGAUGAUUCAAGGGUUUUAAAAGUCCUCAUUCUAAGAUUUUGUAUGUACAAACUCAUCUGUUAUUCACAGCAUAUUUAUAAGGGGUUGUAGCCUUUUUUUUUUUUUUCCCUUCUGGUGAAUCUGAGUCACUGGGCGUUGAAGCCACACGGUCAAGGUCACAGGUAGAAUGGGCAAGGUGCAUAAGCAGUGACCAUCUGGUGUGUGUGACAGAUACAGCCCAGAGUCUUCCGGGGCUAAAAAGGCGUCCACCCCAGUGUAGUCCCUGUCGGACCGCGUCCCAGGGGAGGAGUGGGAAUGAGGUCCUUCCUUGGGGAGGAAGAUGGAAAGGUGUGCCUGGCGGGGAGCCACAUAUGCAAAGGCCGGGAGGCAGGCAGGAGUGAACUUGGCUCAUUUAGGGAGGGCUGCUGGGUGUGUGGAGACAGGGAGAGGUGACAAGGCCUGGGUCCAUGGGCAGAGCCCACAGCAGCCCAUGGGUUUAGACCCAGCCUGCCGCCCUUGAGACACAGAGCAGGGGGUGUUUCUCUCCUGGGGCUGCCUUCAGCUCUGACCGCCCAGGACCUGUGCUGUGCAUUCACACAGCAGUGGGGAACAGCCCCUUAUCCAGGCCAUUUUCGUGGGAAAGUGUAAGGCAAGGCAGGAGCUGGAGGGGAGACCCCAUGGCCGGGGAAGCAGGGGCGUCCAGGCCCAGGACCAGAGCUGAGGCCUGGGGGCGGGGCUGGGAGCCUCCACUUCCUCCUCCUCCCUUCCCGCCCUGGUCUGUGGCCUCAUCGUGCAGCUCAGAAAGGGGAAAUUCUUGCGAUUAAAGUCCAGCAGGUGAU